UCUAUACGUCCUGUUGGUGCGAGGAGAACGUCUACCUGCUGGGCAAGCACUUUGCUCAGAGCAUUCCAAACUUUAAGGAGGAGUGGAGCGCAUAUAACACGUCAGUCCUUGUCGGUUUACCCCCUUCACCAAACCAGGUGUUCCUGUGCCAAGCAAGACAUUCCACAAAUCCAAACUUAUUGCGAGAUAACUUUGGAGUCAUAUGGGAUUACCAUGUCAUAUUACUCUUAAAGUCACUCAAAAGUCCCGGUGCAACAUAUAUUUACGAUUUUGAUUCGCGACUGCCGUUGGGAAGCCUGUUUGAAG